CCUCCUCCUCCUCCUCCUCCUCCUCCGCCUCCGUAGCCAUUUUGGCUCAAGUCCGUCCCCUCCGUGGGAUCUCGGACUUGGGCCGAAAUGUAUUCCAUUGCUGUCUUGCCCAAGGCCUCCUGGCCGUGCGCCGCGCCGCCCGCUGCCAGCGCCCGCGGCCCCAUAUGCCCAUGCUCUGGCACGCGCGGGUGAUCCCGACCGUGCUGCUGGUGCUGUCCCUGUCGCUGCUCGCGCUUGUGCAGAUGCCGCAUACACGUUCCGAAGCGGCACGACACGUUCGUCGAUGCCGUUUCCUUCAACAUCACGGCCCUCGGGGUCUACAAGCUCUCCAACGUGGCCGUCUACAUCGUAGUGGAGCGCGGGCAGCGCUGCAACUGGAUCUACUCCUUCCUCGUGCUGUCGUGCAAGGCCCAUCCAUGCACAAGCUCCAGAUGAUCCCCUUCGUCCCCGUCGGCACGUGCGAUGGCGGGGAGCUGCGCCUCGUCUCCGACUUUCUCCGCCGACUUCGUGCCGAUGAUGUCGUUGCUGAUGGCGCCCUGCCUGAUCCUGCGCUCGCCGUUCGCGGCGCUGAUGAUGCUGCUGUGUCUGUCGGUACCGCUUUGCAUGUUCAACACGGCCAUCUACCUGAAGUUCGCCGCCAUCCUGGUGGAAGUCUCGCCGACACUGCCGUUGGAGUCCUGCAUGCCCUCCCCGCUCACUCCGCCCGCUUGGGUGGUGCUGGACCACUUCCGCCACGGAACGGCGCUGGACCCCUUCCACCACUUCAUGCGCAACCUGCCCCUGGUGAUGAUCUCGCUCGUGGCACUGCCGCCGAUCCUGGCGCUUGCGUUCAUCGCACUCCUGUUCUCCUUCAUGGGCAACCUGCCGCUGGUGAUGACCUCGCUCGUGGCGCUGUUCCAUUUCACGCAGCUGCUCCUGCGAGUGACGGCGCUCUUCCAGCUGCCCCCGCAGGCGCCUUGCCUAUGGGCUGCGUGCAGGCUCAGGUCGACGACUCCACGGAGAAGCAGUGGGAGGCGUGGGUAACGUUCGUUGACACCCAGGUCCGCGACUACGUGUCGAAGCACAACAUCGAGGAGCGGGUGUCGGAUGCGGUGAAGGCGCUCCUGCAGGAGAUGCCCUCCGACCCCACGGAGUUCCUCUGCGCGGCGCUGCGCGGCGUCGACGCCGCGAAGGCGCCCGUGGCGCCGCCGCAAGAUGGUGGCGAUCCUCAAGUCCAAGCUCUUGAAGCGCGCGCAGCCGCCCUGGCCGGUGGUGAUCUUCCUCCUGCCCCAGAUGUCCGUCUGCAUGAUGCUCCUGCGGCUCCACGCGUCGGUGGAGAGCCCCUACCUUGCCCUGCUGCCCCUGCUGGUGGCGAAACUCAUGAUGUCGACCUGGCGGCU